AUGACUUUCACCAGGGUGCUACACGUCGCAGCUCUGUUCCUGAUGCAAGGGGAUUUUCCAGGAGCUGGCAGUGAAGUUAUAACUCUAAAGGAAGGAGAGGACCUAAACCUUAACUGCACCCUCAGCAGCCACGACAGUUCUGCCCUGCAGUGGUUAAACCCUCAUGGCUUUGUCAUUUUUCUCAACAACCAGAGGGCUUUAAGAGACCAGAGAUACAAACUUCUCCAUCACUCAGCAGAAGAAUUAUCCAUCCAACUGUCCAAUGUCACAGUGCAGGAUGAAGGUGUAUACAAAUGCUUCUGCUAUGGCAUCCCAUUUAAAAGCAAGAACAAGACUGUGGAGGUAUUAGCUGCUCCUUCUCAUCCUGUGCUGGAAGUAUCCCAAGAUACAGAAAGAAGCAUUACAAUAUCUGGCCACACCCAAGGAUGCAAACCACAGCCCCAGAUUACCUGGCUGUUGGACAAUGGCAUAGAGCUCCCUGGUGACACUAAGCACAAGUUGGAAGCUGAUGGGAAGAAAUGGAGCACAACCAGCACCCUGAGAGUCCUGGCCUAUGGGCCAAAUUCAACAGCCAGCUGCAUCAUUCACCACCCAGCACUGAGAGAAGAGAAGCUGAUGUUGUCUUUCCAAUUUGAGGACCUCCCUAGGACAGUGACAAAACCAAAUCCUGCACCAGAGGUGGACACACAUGUCCCUGAGAAUGAGCAACCUACAGGAUCUGAACAACCAACCAUCCCUUCUGCAGCAUUAGAAGAUCCAGUAGUUGCCAGCUCAUCACCCACACCAACCCAGCAAAACCUCCAACCAGAUUUCACAUCUGCUUGGCCUGAAGUAACAGCAUCUGCAGCAGGAAAGGAAGGACUGGCUGGUUCAUCAACUUAUCGUGUCCCCAAUGGGACUGAAGCAGCAUUCAAUGGCAAUGUCACAGAGGAGGAACUUCCCAAGACAGAAGCCCCACUCCCAAGUGAAAAUGUAACUGUGAUUUCCAUCACCCUUGAGGGAGAUCUGAAAUCCGAAGGCAUCAAAAAGAAGAAGAAUCUCUUGCUGCCAAUCUUGGUGGCUGCUCUGAUUUUUGCACUGCUUAUCAUUGUCCUGCUUUUUAUGAGGAAGCUGAAAAAAGCUCAUGGAGUGUGGAAGAGAGAAAAUGAUGUCUCAGAGCAGACACUGGAGAGUUAUAAAUCCAGAUCCAAUGAAGACUGCCCAGGCCAUGAGAAGAACAGACAUGCUGUCAGUCAGAAGUCCAACAUGCAGUAUGUGACAGAAGGCUGCAGGGAAACAGCACAGAAGGAUCCAAGAGACAAAACCAUUGCAAUAAGAGAGAAACUGUUUGGAUGUGGAAAGGAAACAGAUGUAUAG